CAGGGGUGGGAGGGGCCGCCCGUGUGCUGGUAGGUCACGCACAUCCCUCUUCUUCACCAAGAUGGCGGCCGGCCCCUCGGCCUCGUACCCAGCAUAGGCUUCGCCGCGGGCCUACUAGAGCAAAAGCUGGCAGGCUGACAGACGGGCAGCUUACAGGACGGACUCUCUGGCUACUGACCAUUUAGCUGUGGCAUACCCGGAUUGUGUGUGGGUGGGAAGUCGACAAUGAGCUCCGUGGCAGUUUUGACCCAGGAGAGCUUCGCUGAACACCGCAGCGGCCUGGCUCAGCAGCAGGUGAAAGUUACAGCUUUAAACUCUGAAGAAGAGAAUGAUCCUCCAACCUACAAGGAAGCCUUCCCUCCGCUCCCUGAGAAAGCACCAUGUUUGGAAGCUGCCCAGGAACCUGCUGGGCCCUGGAGCAAAAUCCGACCAAUAAAGGCUUCUGUCAUCACUCAGGUGUUUCACGUGCCACUGGAGGAGAGGAAAUACAAGGACAUGAAUCAGUUUGGAGAAGGAGAGCAGGCCAAGAUCUGCCUUGACAUCAUGCAGAAGACGGGAGCUCACCUGGAGCUGUCUCUCGCGAAGGACCAGGGCCUCUCCAUCAUGGUCUCUGGCAAGCUGGAAGCAGUCAUGAAGGCUCGGAAGGAGAUUGUCGCUCGGCUGCAGACUCAGGCUUCGGCGACAGUUGCCAUCCCCAAGGAGCACCAUCGUUUUGUCAUCGGAAAGAACGGCGAGAAGCUGCAGGACCUGGAGCUCAAAACUGCAACUAAAAUCCAGAUCCCCCGCCCAGACGACCCCAGCAACCAAAUCAAGAUCACUGGCACUAAAGAAGGGAUUGAGAAGGCCCGACAUGAGAUCUUGCUUAUCUCUGCUGAGCAGGACAAGCGUGCCGUGGAGCGGCUGGACGUGGAGAAGGUGUAUCACCCCUUCAUUGCUGGCCCCUACAACAAGCUGGUGAGCGAGCUCAUGCAGGACACGGGGACACGCAUCAACAUCCCUCCACCCAGCGUUAACAAGACAGAGAUAGUCUUCACAGGAGAAAAGGAGCAGCUGGCCCAGGCCGUGGCUCGUGUUAAGAAGAUCUACGAGGAGAAGAAAAAGAAGACUACUACCAUUGCAGUGGAGGUGAAGAAGUCCCAGCACAAGUAUGUCAUCGGCCCCAAAGGGAAUUCCCUGCAGGAGAUCUUGGAGAAAACUGGAGUCUCUGUCGAGAUCCCACCCACUGACAGCAGCUCGGAGACGGUGAUACUGCGAGGCGAGCCUGAAAAGCUUGGGCAAGCACUGACUGAGGUCUAUGCAAAGGCCAACAGUUUUACCGUCUCCUCGGUCUCUGCCCCCUCCUGGCUUCAUCGUUUCAUUAUUGGAAAGAAAGGACAAAACCUGGCCAAAAUAACUCAGCAAAUGCCAAAGGUUCACAUCGAAUUCACUGAAGGAGAGGACAAAAUCACUUUGGAAGGACCUACAGAAGAUGUGAAUGUGGCCCAGGAACAGAUUGAAGUCAUGGUCAAGGAUCUGAUCAACCGGAUGGAUUAUGCAGAAAUCAACGUUGACCACAAAUUCCACCGACACCUCAUUGGCAAGAACGGAGCGAACAUUAACAGAAUUAAGGACCUCUACAAGGUGUCUGUGCGCAUUCCCCCGGACAACGAGAAGAGCAACCUGAUCAGAAUUGAAGGAGACCCACAGGGGGUCCAACAGGCCAAGAAAGAGCUGCUGGAACUCGCUUCCCGUAUGGAAAACGAACGCACCAAGGACCUAAUCAUCGAGCAGAAGUUCCACCGGACCAUCAUCGGGCAGAAGGGCGAGCGGAUCCGGGAGAUCCGGGAGAAGUUCCCAGAGGUUAUCAUCAACUUCCCUGACCCUGCGCACAAGAGUGACAUCGUCCAGCUUAGAGGUCCCAAAAAUGAGGUGGAGAAGUGCACCAAGUACAUGCAGAAGAUGGUGGCAGACCUGGUUGAAAACAGCUUUUCUAUUUCUGUCCCCAUCUUCAAACAAUUCCACAAGAACAUCAUAGGGAAAGGAGGUGCCAACAUCAAGAAGAUCCGUGAAGAGAGCAACACCAAAAUUGAUCUCCCAGCAGAGAACAGCAACUCAGAGACAAUUGUUAUCACAGGCAAGAGAGCAAACUGUGAGGCUGCUCGCCACAGAAUCCUUGCCAUCCAGAAGGAGCUGGCCAACAUCACAGAGGUGGAGGUCUCCAUUCCUUCCAAACUGCACAACUCCCUCAUUGGCGCCAAAGGCCGCUUCAUCCGCUCCAUCAUGGAGGAGUGUGGUGGGGUCCACAUCCACUUCCCCACCGAGGGCUCUGGCAGUGACACAGUGACCAUCAGGGGCCCGGCCCAGGAUGUGGAGAAAGCCAAGAAACAGCUGCUGCACCUGGCAGAGGAGAAGCAAACAAAGAGUUACACCGUGGACCUCCGUGCAAAGCCAGAGUACCACAAGUUCCUGAUUGGAAAAGGUGGCGGCAACAUCCGUAAGGUGCGCGACAACACCGGGGCCCGCAUCAUCUUCCCAACCUCUGAGGACAAGGAUCAGGAGCUGAUCACCAUCAUGGGAACUGAGGAGGCUGUCAAAGAGGCACAGAAGGAGCUGGAGGCCCUCAUCAAGAACCUGGAUAAUGUGGUUGAAGACUCCAUGGUGGUUGACCCCAAGCACCACCGGCACUUUGUCAUCCGGAGAGGGCAAGUUCUGCGCGAGAUCGCGGAUGAGUACGGUGGGGUGAUGGUCAGCUUCCCGCGCUCUGGCACCCAGAGCGACAAAGUCACACUCAAGGGAGCCAAGGACUGUGUGGAGGCAGCCAAGAAACGCAUCCAGGAGAUCAUUGAAGACCUGGAAGCUCAAGUGACAAUCGAAUGCACCAUCCCACAAAAGUUCCACCGCUCCAUUAUGGGCCCCAAGGGAUCCCGGAUCCAGCAGAUCACCCGGGACUAUGGUGUCCAGAUCAAAUUCCCUGACAGGGAGGAGAACCCAGCCCCUGUUGCAGAGCCAGUUGUGCAGGAGAAUGGCGAGGAAGGUGGGGAAGGCAAGGAGGGGAAGGAUACAGAUCCCAGCUCUCCAAAGAAGUGCGACAUCAUCGUCAUCUCUGGCCGCAGGGAGAAGUGUGAGGCAGCCAAGGAGGCACUGCAGGCUCUGGUUCCUGUCACCAUUGAGGUGGAAGUUCCCUUCGACCUUCACCGUUACAUCAUUGGCCAGAAGGGAAGUGGGAUCCGCAAAAUGAUGGAUGAGUUUGAAGUGAACAUCCAGGUCCCUGCUCCUGAGCUGCAGUCAGAUAUCAUCACCAUCACUGGGCUGGCUACCAACCUGGACCGUGCCAAGGCCGGGCUGCUUGAAAGAGUGAAGGAGCUGCAGGCUGAACAAGAGGAUCGGGCCCUGCGAAGCUUCAAGCUGACGGUCACUGUGGAUCCCAAGUACCACCCCAAGAUCAUCGGGCGCAAGGGAGCCGUGAUCACCCAGAUUCGCACAGAGCACGAGGUCAACAUCCAGUUCCCUGACAAGGACGACGAAAGCCAGGCCCAAGACCAGAUCACCAUCACUGGCUACGAGAAGAACGCUGAGGCCGCCCGGGACGCCAUCAUGAAGAUUGUGGUGGAGCUGGAGCAGAUGGUGUCGGAGGACGUGACUCUGGACCACCGCGUGCACGCGCGCAUCAUCGGCGCCCGCGGCAAAGCCAUCCGCAAGAUCAUGGACGAGUUCAAGGUGGAUAUUCGCUUUCCCCAGAGCGGAGCUCCUGACCCCAACUGUGUGACUGUGACAGGGCUCCCUGAGAACGUGGAGGAAGCUAUCGACCACAUCCUGAACCUGGAGGAGGAAUACCUCGCAGAUGUGGUGGACAACGAGGCAAUGCAGGUGUACAUGAAACCCUCAUCACAUGAAGAGUCCAAAGCUCCUUCCAAGGGCUUCGUGGUGAGAGACGCCCCCUGGGCCACCGUCAACAACGAGAAGGCCCCUGAUAUGAGCAGUUCUGAAGACUUCCCCAGCUUUGGGGCUCAAGUGGCCCCCAAGACUCUUCCCUGGGGACCCAAACGAUAAUGACCUGGAAGCAGAAACUCUUCCAGCCCGCUGAUCUGACACUAACCUGCCACAAAUACUUCCUGUCUGAAAUCUGACCCAGCGGCUGGAGCACAAGUCAGUUGCCCCCAAGAGGUCUCCUAAUGGUGUCUGGAGUGCUAGAGCCCAUCCUGCUCCCCUCAGCUAUCACCGUGGCUAGGACCCACCCUCAUCUCUCGAUGGAUAUUCUUUCCUCCUUUGGAACGAGACUUCCACUCAGAUUCAAACACUAAAUGUGUGUGUUUUUGUUAGAAACUUCAUAAUUGACUCCAAGUGGCUUAGAUUCGCAGCUCCCCCAGCGCUAGCAGAGCAACCUGCUCUCUUGAGCAUGUCCGACUAGGCGUUCUGGCCCUCAUUAGGAGACCUCCUUUACUGUGGCUAGGAAUCUACUUCCUGUCUCAUGACCUCAGGAAAUAAAUUUCCUUGACUUUCUAAAGCCAAAA